UGCCCAUGCAGCCUGAGUGAGACCUUCGCCCCAACUUUGGGCCUGAGAUAGCCAUGGGGGCUGGAGUGAGUCCCCCAGCGGAGCCCCCAGAGGGGACAGCCAGGAUGUCCCCCUACAAAGCCCUCCUAGGCCUUCUCUGCCUCCUUCCUGCCCUGGCUCUGCUGGUGACCCUGAAGGACACAGCUGACCCCAAAGUGAGAGAGACUCAGGAAGAUGUCAGCUUUCCUGGCCCCCUCAGCCUUGGUGAUCCCCAGCCCCGCCUAGAACGCUCGUCCCCUAAAACCCGCACAAAACGCUACACCAUCACCCCAUCCCGGCUUCACUGGGACCACUUCAACCUCACCUACAAGAUCUUGUCUUAUCCCCGAAACCUCAUCAAUCGCAGUGAGACCCGGAGGGGUCUGGUAGCUGCCUUCCGAAUGUGGAGUAAUGUGUCCCCCUUCACCUUCAGGGAGGUAGCUCCAGACCUACCCAGCGACCUGAAGAUAGGUUUCUACCCCAUCAACCACACGGACUGUCUGCGCUCACUGGUGCACAGAUGCUUUGACGGGACCACCGGUGAGUUGGCCCACGCCUUCUUCCCCCCCAAUGGGGAGAUCCACUUUGACGACAGCGAAUACUGGAUUGUGGGCGAGACCCGCUUCAGCUGGAAAAAAGGCGUUUGGCUCACCGACUUGGUCCACAUUGCUGCCCAUGAGAUCGGCCAUGCCCUCGGCCUCAUGCACUCCCUGAACCCUAAUGCCUUGAUGCACAUCAAUGCCACCCUGACGGGGAAGAAGACCAUCUCCCAGGACGAGAUGUGGGGCAUCCACCGGCUCUACGGCUGCCAGGACAGGCUGUCCUUGUGUCCAUCCUGGGCACGGAGGGGCUUCUGUGACACCCGCCAGAAGUUCAUGAAGAAGCUCUGUCCCCACAGCUGUGACUUCUGCUACGAGUUUCCCUUCCCCACCGUGGCGGCCACCCCGCCACCCCCCAGGACCAAAACCAAGCUGGUGGCUGAAGGCAGAAACGUCACCUUCCGCUGCGGCCAGAAGAUUGUUCACAAGAAAGGCAAAGUCUACUGGUACAAGGACCGGGAACUCUUGGAAUAUUCGUACCCGGGUUACCUGGACCUGAAUGAGGGACACAUGAGCAUCAUCGUCAACGCCAUCAAUGAGGGCACCUACACGUGUAUUGUCAAGAAGAGAGAUCGAAUUCUCACCACCUAUUCUUGGCGCAUCCGGGUGAAUUACUGACGGCCCAGGGAUGAGGAGGAGCCUGGGGGCCGGACCUGCCCCUCCCCAUCCUAAAGGGAACUGAGUGUCCUGUGAAGGGCCUUUGAGAUGGAGGGAGGGGGAGGUAGAAGCCUUCAAGCCCUGGCCCAGAGCCCUCCAUGGACCCUGUGCCAGAGUCUGGAAGAGUUGUCUUCUCUGCCUUUCACUUCCUCUCCCAACAUGGGGGGCCAAGGGUUUGGAAUCCAGCUGAGAAAGCAUUUUACCUGGGCUGUCCCUGAGGCCUGUGUCUGGUCAGGGUCAGGGCUAAGAUGGGAAGACAACAGUCGCAAGAUACUGCAGAAGUCAGGUUCAACAGGCUUUGGAGAUAUGUUGUGGAGGGUGAUGGAGGAGUGCAGGUGGGCUAUGCGGGCUGGAGGCUGGGGAAGACUGUAGGGUC